AGGGUAUUAUAAUCCUUCAAUGAAGAUUUGACAUGUAGAUCAGGAUGCUUCACAGAAGCUCAUCAUCACGCCGUCGUCGGACUUCGCGUAGCGCGGCACCAUCGUCGCAAAACAGAGGUUCCCGAUCUGCGGGGACGAGUCCCGGGCGACGCGCAAGCAUAGCCGUUUCACCUGUGGAUAGUGAAAGUGCUUCGCGAAGUAUAUUAGGAGCAGAUCUAAAUCGUAGUCCUCGACCAAGUAUUGUUCCUGACAUAUCACUGGAUAACCAUGAUUGUGGAGAAGACGGGCCCAUUGGAAGGAGCCCGAGGCAUAGUUUAGUUCCAGAUUCGGCCUUAAGUCCGAGGAAUAGUCUAGUUCCGGAUGCCGCAGUAUUAAGGAUGCAAAGGCACAGUUUAGUACCGGGUGAAAAUUAUUCCAGAAGUCCCCGUAAUAGUCUCAUUCCGGAAGCAGCGUUUAGUCCGCGGAACAGCCUUGUGCCCGAUACCUUUAAUAGAAGUCCUAGAAAUAGUUUAGUGCCUGAAAGUGUAAAUAAUAAAAGAAACAGUUUAGUGCCAGAAGUAAGUCGAAGUCCUAGACAUAGUCUCGUUCCUGACAAUAAUAUAGGCAGCUCUAGAUUAAGUUUGGCGCCUGAUUUCAAUAGAAGUCCAAGAAAUAGUUUAAUUCCCGAUACGAAUAGAAGUCCUCGACCAAGUUUAACGCCUUCAGACUCUCAAAUUUGGAACGCGAAAGUUAGUCCAAGUGAAGAACUGCGAAGUCCUCGUCACAGCAUUAUACCUGAUGGAAAUCGUAGCCCUCGAGGAAGUAUAGCACCCGAAAGUAUAUUUUUGAAGAAUAGCCCUAGGGGAAGUAUAUGUAGUGAGUACCAAGGUGAUCGAAGUCCACGGGGGAGCAUAGGUGGAGAGACUAAUCACAAUCGAAGUCCGCGUGGGAGCAUCGCACGAAAUUUAACGGCAGAUUCCAAUGAUGCGGGACGAAGUCCUCGAGGCAGCUUAACGUUAACCUUUCAAGAGCCUUUAGUAACAGAAAGGCGAGCCAGUGCAGAUAAUGCUGGAUCACGAGGACGGAUCACAUCACCCUAUCGAUCUGCAUCUAGAGGCGUAAUCAACCAGGGCUAUAACCACGCCGGUGGUCUCUCAGAUGGAGGGUCACGACGUGCAAGCAGCUCUGUAAGUCAGGUGUCCGGGGAUGAACAACGACGAUUAUGUUCAGAACAAAAGUAUGGAGCUGCUGAACAAGGGAUCGGUAUUGGCCUAUCAUUAACAACAUACGGCUCCGUUGCCUAUCAACUAAAGGACGCGAAUUUGGAGGCUACGAGCACAUGUGAUUUUGUCUGUAAAGCGUUGACAAUUGUAAAUAGAACAGUUGUGGUUACAAUCGUUUUGAUCUGCCUGUCAACCCUUCCACUUCUAAUGCUUAUCAUGGGUAAGUGUAGUAGCGCACAUUUGCGUGUCGCAUGCAACCAAGUGCUUCAAUUAUCGUAAAACGCUUUUUCAUUA